GUUAGUGAUAUCACAGUCAUAAUUGGUACUACUGUCUGUUGAAGGUGGUGAUAUUAAGAAGUAGUUCUGCCCAUGAUGGUGGACUUGGACAGUGCCCGGAAGAACUCCAAGUGGGUUUGCCCGAAUGAUCGUGGCCUUGCUUUACUGGCCAAGGUUGGAGCAGGAUGGUCUGUGAAGACCCAACACAACCAGACGUAUAAACAGCAGCCAGAGGCUCUGGAUGAAGCAGAGAAGCAGAUCAUCUUGGAAGUUAUCCAGCGGGCAGACGCGCUAGAUUCCCUAGAGCAGGAGAGAGUUGGACGCUUGGUGGACAGGCUGGACAACAUGAAGAGGAAUGCAAUUGGGAGUGGGACGAACCAAUGCAUUUUGUGUGGGGCCCAGUGUGUCCUUUUUGGUGUCCUAAGCACAAACAGCAUCCUGUGCCAUGACUGCAGAAAGACUGUGUGCCAAAAGUGUGGCGUCGAAACAUGCUCGGGAUCCCGCAAAGAAGUUAUUUGGAGGUGCAAGAUAUGUGCAGAAACUAGAGAAAUGUGGAAAAAAACUGGAGCUUGGUUUUUCAAGGCUAUUCCAAAACACGUGUUGCCCGUCAAAAAAACCACCUAUGGAGAGCAGCCUACAACCGGAGCUUCCAGGGUCAAAUCAUCAGAAUUAGAGGAAGAGUCCAGUUCUGAUGAUGACAGAGCUUCUAGAUUGCUGGCCUCACGCUCAAAAAAAAUUGAGGAACCAGUGAAUCACAGCCAACCUAGAUUCAGUCUCCUGAACAUCAGGAUCAAACUGGAAGUGAUCAGUGAGAAUGUCAGACAGUCUAUUCUACGUCGGAACCGGCUAAACAUGAAUCUGAGACAAGAUCGUGUCUCCUGUAAGAAGGUCGAGCUUCUUAUGAGUGCCUACCAUCUGUUAUGCGAUGCAAUGCAGCAAGCCAACGACUUCUACUGUGACUUACUACUGGCCUCCAUAUUUUUUACAUUUAUCAGCAUUACUGAAAGUUUAUACUUCUUGUUCCGUAUUAUUGCCGAGGAAGACACAAAAUCCAUGUGGUCUAUUGCUGCUUAUGUCUUUUCCAAUGCCAGUUUCCUGAUGCUGAUCACUCUCUCUGGCUCUCGAGUCUCUGAGGCGGCCGGCGAGACUGCAUCGCUUACUCGAAAGCUGAUCAACCAGGACUUGAGUUCCGAACUAAGAGAGGAGUUAAAAUCAUUCUUGCUACAGUUGUGGAACCAAAACGUGGAGUUUUCUGCUGGAGGAUUUUUUCAGAUCAACAAAGAAACUUUAACUUCGAUGGUUGCAACUGUGACUACCUUCCUAACUGAUGAGACAACAGACGACAGGAGUGCUCUACUUUUCUGUUUGGGACCUCCCAAGUUGAACCUCGAGAGGAUCUUUGCUACUAUAGAGGCCCUAGCACUGGCAUGCUCCACUGGUUACUUAAAAUUGAGUCGCGAGUUGAUCGUUAUUCCUAAAUCUCUAAUAAAUGUAGGGUUUAGGACGCGACGUGGCGUCCUGCAUCCGUACAAACGAGAAACCAGUGAGAGCUCAGAGUCGGGAGGUUCGUCAACAGCAACGGCCAAUCACUGUCCAACAUGGACAUGUGACUCCACGAUCAGCCGAACUCGCAGCACCAAUCCAGAUACAGAUCCAGAUGACCCUUCUUCCUAUUUCACUUACAGUCGGCAGAAUUCGCAGCUGAGUCUGUUAACAAAUCGAGACUGGUAUUCCGACUGUGAUCGGUUCUCUCUAUCGAGCAGCUCGGUCAACGGCCAUAGAGCAGCCCUCAGCCACGCUGAGGACACUUCUGAGGAGUUCUCGGAACCAUUGCCUGAUGGCAAGUAUCUAUUCUUCUUCACAACAUUGACAUUUCGCUGGUUUACAAAGUAUAAGGUGAUUGACUGGCUUGUUAACCUGGGGAUUCUAGAGCUUACCCUCGUUUACGAUUCUGAGACCAGCUCAAUUCACGUCUCCCUACAUCGUGCCAAGAAUCUGAAACCUAUGGAUAUAAAUGGUCUGGCAGAUCCAUUUUGUAAACUAAAUCUCCUCCCGGCAGGAACCAAAUCUCAUAGGCUACGAACAAGAACAGUGCACAAGACUCGCAACCCAGAGUUUAAUGAAACACUAACCUUCUACGGAAUAACUGAGAAUGAUCUAGCAGUGCGUGCCCUACAUGUAUUGGUACUAGGCAAGUAUUCAACAAUAUGCAUAUUUAUAGGUUUAAUUAAAGUUCCAAAUACUUUUGUAGAUGAUGACAAAUAUGGACAUGACUUCAUGGGAGAGGCAAAGUAUCCUUUAGAUCGACUUCGUCCAGAUGUUGCUCGACAGUUGAAUCUUUUCCUGGAAAAACACUAUCCUGUGGAGAAUGAGGAGGAAGUAUGGGGGGAGGAGGGCUGGACACACGGCCAGAUCCUGAUCACACUGUGCUAUUCUACUCGCAGGAAGGCACUCAUCGUCGGUAUAGUGCGGUGCAAUAACCUCCUGCCUAUGGAUAGCAAUGGCUUCUCAGAUCCAUUUGUUAAACUGUAUCUUCGUCCAGACCAUUAUCACCGGAAAUACAAGACUUGUGUGAAAUGGAAGAACUUAAACCCUAUUUUCAAUGAGGAGUUUGUUUUCGAGACGAAAAUGACUGACUUGCCACAGCAGACAUUGGUUUUAACAGUGUGGGACAAGGACUACGGGAAAAGCAAUGAUUACCUGGGUUGUUUGGAAUUGGGCUGGAAGUCGAAGGGUGAGCGUCUCCGGCAGUGGGUCGACAUGAUCAAGUUUCCUGACCACAAGCACGAGGGUUUGCACAAUCUAUGUGAGGAACCUCCACCAAACUGAGAACAAAUGUUCCAACCCCUUCCUUACCCAUCCCCUUUUUCUAUCACCUAAUUGGAAAUCUGAAAGCUAACUCCAUAAGUGUCCUUCGGAAACAAGAUAAUUCAGAACCCUUCCUCACCUCACAUGCCGUCAAAAUCUCCCUGACAUUCAUUAGGUCAGGGUGAAUUAUCCAGAGUGUAAUAAUGGCCUGUUUUAAGAACUUACUCUGACCCAAAGGAAUCACUUUCGACAGAGAUUGUAGCCCCAGCACAGCACUUUUUUAAGUGCAAUGGUGAAGGAAAUCAUCCACAGCUAUCCUCCUACAGUCAUCUUGUUGAACUACUACCUACGGCUACUCCGAGUACUUCAUCUAUUCUUAUUGUCAGCUUCUACAACAGUUUUGUUUGAGUUUCCAAUAUAAUAUUGGCCAUUCCCUUACUUUUCAUUUAUGUUCGUUGUCACCAAGUCUUAACUGAAACAAUCUAAAUGAUGUAAAAACGUUACUUGUCGUUAAGUGGUGUGUAUGUCUAAUUUGACUAUGAUUGUGUGUUGUUCUGUUUUGUGUAUUUUUAAGUAUAAUUUAUAAGAGCUGCACUUUAAUGAAAUCUGUGCUCAAUAGAUGUCAGACUUCUCUGCACACAGUCCGGGAAACUCCUUGUGUCCUCAUAGGGCACUUUCACUGUAGUUUUGAAUCCAAUUGUUUUGUGUAUACGAGUAAAUAGUUUUACGUUUGACCUCAAAUUCUAGGCACUUUCUGGAAAUAUGUAGUUUUAAUCCUGGACUGAACAAUAGAAUUCAAAUUGAAGGUUUAGCACAGUAAAUACUGUACCUGUGAUAUAAAUGUGGCAGUGUAACAAUGAGAUCGAUGUUGAAGGGAAAUCAACUGCCCUGCGCUAAUCGUACCUGAUUUAUUGUCCCCUCUUAUCGUUCUGUGACUCUUUCUCUCGACCUGGUCCUCAUUUUCUGAAUUGAUGGAUAGAAAUCGUAUUUUAAUUUCUGACUCAUUCUGAAUUCAAUAAAAAUCCUCAUUACCUUUAUAUCUAGAUAAUUCAGCUGCUGAUAUCUAUGAUGUUAUCUGAUGUAACAGUGUUCAUGUGAGAGAAGUUGACGUCUAAUUCAAAAGUACCAUGAGUUCAAUCUCAAUGGUUACUGGUAUUUGAGUACUUUGAAAAACUGGCUUGCCCCUCUUGGUGUAAAUAACACAAAACAUCUUGAAAGAAAAUUUAUUCUUCAAUUUUUUGUUGGUAGUAUCAGAGUUGUCAAAUCCUUUUUUAAUCUUUAUGUAUUCUACACCAGUAUGAGUAGGUGGUUACAUUUAAAAACUCAAUUUUCGAGGAAUGAGGCAAAAUCGAUUUCUUACAUAUAAUAUAUUCCUGAUUAAAUUUCUUGGAGGUAUUUAGGGGAUUUUAUAUCCAAACAAUAAAUGUGCAAUGAAUACCCUGUCAAAAAAUUUGGGUAGAAUGAGCCAACUGAAAAGAAAAAGAAUGUUGCACUAACUGUUAUGGGCCAGUGUUACAGGGUUGAUUGAUGUUGCUAUUGAAAACAGUAUAGGAGACAAACCUAUACCUCUGGAUAAGGGAGUAGAUAGUGAAAGUGAAACAGUAGAAUUUACUGUAAAUAGGCCUGUUCUGUGUUUUUCUUCCAGGAUAAAGUUUAUGUACUUCAUUAGAUCGGAAGGUCUUUAUUUGGUAUUUUUUUACUCUUUUCGGAAACUCUUCAAGGUUUUAUUAUUAAAUCUCAAGUACUCAGAACAUGUGAUGCUGGACUCUUUCUCUUGAAGAAGGGUUCAUGGAUUUAAAGAGAAAUUGCAGCAGGUGUUAAAUAUUUAAAUACCUUCUCCUUUCCUUUUUUUAUACUUCUUCAUUACUGUUACACAGAAUGUUCUGUUGAAUAUUCAAACAUUCUUACCGUUCCAUAUCUGUAAAACUUUGCUUACCAGUAACCCAGUCAGUUGUGUAUCCAGGAUUUGAGUUUGGGGUCCUAUUAUCUUAUUGAAUAUUGUAUUGUAUUGUAUUUAAGAUACAGGAUAUCUGAAAAAUAUGGAGCUACAGUUUGAAUAGAUUUGAUUCAACACCCUACUGAAGUUCUGGCUGGAUAGGAGUGCAUAUGGAAAUUUCUGUCUACUGUAUAAGAAUGAAUAUCAUACUGCAAUAUUUUAUUUCCUAUUCUUUUAAAUACUUGUACUAUCUUAGAAUACAUGCAAAUACAGUUCUAGUUGUAAUACAAAUUUAUGAACUGAAAUAUGCAGUAAAUAUAUUUAGAAAGUAGGCAAUGGAUAACACUAAAUUAAAAUUAAGAUGUAAUUUGAUUUCUUCAGAUUUCUAUGAUAUUCAUAUUAACGUAAUUAUAACCAAAAUAGGGGUUCUGACCCAACAAUAAAUGAGUCUAAUGUACGACUAUUCACAUACUGGUUUCAUAAGUCACGGUUAGACCUGCCGUUGAUCUAACUGCUCAUAAAUAUCUAGGGAUUUUUGUUCCGGUCUACAUUAACUAGAAAUUACGUAAAUUUAUUACUCCUAAGUUAACUUCUUCAGAUUUUAUAGGGCAUAAAUGUAUAAUUUAAUUUAGUACUGAAAAAUUUCAAAAGGUUAUAUACCCAUUUCAGAGGAUUUUUCAAAUUGUUUGGGGGGGGGGCUAUAUAUAUAUAUCACUGAACUCUGUAAAUCAGAUAAGCAACUGAAAGAUUAUUGUUCCAGAUAAGUGUUAGGUGUUCUUUAAUCAUAUCAGUACCACACUAAAAAUACCCUGUGUUCAUUGACAUCCUUCGAUGUGUUUUAUAUUUCAACUGUGUUUUGUACUCGUAGCUGAGGUACACAAGACUGCUACUCAUAUGUUCUACAGUCCAUUUCCUGUGAUAAUCAGUUAUGGUAAGAAAUUCCUAUGUUUAGUAUUACAGAAGACAUAACUUACUUAUACAAGACCUAUUUUUCUACUGAUUAUAAUGAACCCAUAGAUAGUUUGAGUUAUCGUAUAGUAGAAUAGCUUAUUAGUUUGUUGCAGUUUACUUUAUCCGUAAACGUGCUGAUGUUUUCAUUGAUAAUCUAUGGCUACUUAAUUUGCUAUGUCCACUUGGAUUUGUAUAUUUAUUUUUCAAGAUUUUAUUAAUAACGAUCAUUUUAAUUUUGAAACUGUAAAAUCUAAAAGAAACCGACCAUAGUAUUUUAUCUUUUGUGUUAGAAUUUAGCCUAUGUGUACCAACUUUAUCAUAUUUUUAAUCUUUACACUAUUUGUUUGGUGUAAAAAAGAUUGUACAUAGAAAUAUUAAGUUUUUUAUUUGUAAUAUGACACUUUUAUGUUUUAUUGCUCAAAUCUGUCAUUGUGAAUAUUUUUGACAGUUAAUUAAUGUUGUUUAUACUAAACUAAUUGAUGUUUUAAACUUCACGUAAUUUUGUACUUUUGUGGGAAAAGAAAGUAGCCAUCAUGAACUUCUUUAAACUAAAAAUAUAACUGGUUUACAAAUCUUUCAAUCACAUUUUUUGUUUUAUUUUUUAGAGAUCUGUGGCUUCUAAAAAUUCACUGAACAUAUAAUUCAUUCUUUGAAUUUUUCUUAACAGAUAAUAAAUACAAUAAAACUAUUUUAAAUGAAUGAUGUUUAACUGACAGUCUAAGCUAUUAGUCUCAUAGUCAUGCCACACAAACUUUUGAUGCCCAAAUCACACCCUAACAGUCUCACAGCCUGUCUGGCUUCACAGAGAUAUGAUGGAAAAAUUACACAAUCUCACAGGCAGCCCCCAUAAACAUGUGAUGGCAAAUUAUGCUCUAUAGACUCACAGCCAGUUCUUGCUUCACAGAGAUGUGAUUGAAAAGUCACACAAAUCACACAAUCUCACAGGCAGCCCCCAUAAACAUGUGAUGGCAAAUUAUGCUCUAUAGACUCACAGCCAGUUCUUGCUUCACAGAGAUGUGAUUGAAAAGUCACACAAUCUCACAGGCAGUCCCCAUAAACAUGUGAUGGCAAAUUAUGCUCUAUAGACUCACAGCCAGUUCUUGCUUCACAGAGAUGUGAUUGAAAAGUCACACAAUCUAACAGGCAGUCCCCAUAAACAUGUGAUGGCAAAUUAUGCUCUGUAGACUCCACAGCCAGUUCUUGCUUCACAGAGAUGUGAUUGAAAAGUCACACAAAUAGCACAAUCUCACAGGUAGCCCCCAUAAACGUGUGAUGGCAAAUUAUGCUCUAUAGUCUCACAGCCAGUUCUUGCUUUACAUAUUUUUGUUAGCAAAAUCACAGGCUCUCUUUGUCUCACAAUACUUUUCCCAAGGUUACACCACAUCUAAAAAUGAGAUUGUUAAAUAGAGUCCUACUAUUUGUCACAAGACACCACUUUGGCAAUGACAACAUUAAUGCCUGUCUAAGGCAUACAAUAAGUUAAAUCUGCCUGUCAAAAAUAAUACAGUCGUUGCUGGGGUGUGUUUGUGGGGGUAGCUCACUAGCAGAUAGUUUGUGUGUCAUCACUGUGCAUUAAUACAUUUUUUGAAGGAAUUCAAACAGUACUAAUAAGAAACAUUAUUAUAUAUCCGUUUCUAAAUCUAAAGUGUCUUCAAUUGUAAAUAAUGCUUUUCUAUAAAGUAUUCUCAAUGUUGUUAAUAUCUAAGGACUGACGUAUACAACUAGCACAUACAUGGACAUUUUUUAAGUUUAUUAAUUGUUUAAAGUUAGCAUUAUUUUAUAAUUUUAGAGUUUUUAAAUGCUUUGGUAUUUUAAUCAUAAAUGUCUUUAUUAUACACUAUGUAAAAAACUAAAUGUUAUUUUGAUUUUUAGUGUAUCACUGUAUUUAUAAUGAUUUUUUAAUGUAUCUUUAUAUACAUAUUGCAUUACAUUAUGAAAUAUGGUGUAAUAUUAAGGAUAAGAUCUUUUAUGAAAUCUUAAUAGACAUUUUUGCAUUAUGAAUAUGUCUGUGGAGUAGUAAAAUGUAUAAUUCUAGGCAUAUAUACUUAGGAAGAUAAAACUUUGAUUUUUUAGCACAGUAUUGGUGCGGCACUGCAUAUUUUGUAUAGUAAAAACUUGAGCCUUUCUAUAUAGGACCAUGAGUGCACUAAAGGCAAUCACACACGUGUGUUUGAACAUUCUCAUGCAUGUAUACACGUGCUACACACUCACACACACUUUGUUUCUGAUUGACCCAAUGUUCAAUUUGCAGUAUUUAGAAAAAUUCUUCAUGAGCUAUUUCUGUUAUAUUGAUAUAAAAACAAAGCAAAAUUGUGUGGAUCAAUAUUAAAUACAUCUAUAUCUAAGUUUGAAAAAAUAUAAAUUUUUUUGUCCCGGGCUAGGGCGCCACACUUGUACGGGGGCGGGUGGCGGUACAUGACGGAGUCCAGCCGAAUAUCUUUUCCGGGGCCAGCCAAAGCUUAGUACGGCCCUGGUUAGAUUAUAGGUGUAAGUAAUAUGUACAAAUUAAUUUUACCAACUGAAUCGGUAAAACUGAAUAAUUUAUUAUCAACGCAGUCUUGUCAAACUACUUUGCUUAUUAUGAAGUUAUUUAUAGAUUUUGACCUUUGUGUACAAAGCUGAGUCAUGUUCAUUUUAUAUAAUUGCCACUAAUGACACCCAAAACUAUAUAAUAUAAAAUUCACUAAAGUGAUACACACAACACAUAAGUAUUGACAGAAUUAAAUGUGUAGGGUUAUUUUGGGUAUUUUAUCAACCUUCAUGCCGAUAUACUCCAUGAUCUUCUUGGUCACGAUGUCUUUCCAGUCUACCCAGAAAUUGAUAAAAGUGUCCACCAUCCAUCUGGUGAGAAUGACAGUCUUCUCGGUCAUAGAGUAAAUGUGUGCUCACCCAUCCAGCCCAGCACUCUCCUUGACUCUGUUGAAGAACCACUAUGCCUUAUCUAGUGUUCAACCGGUAUGUCUUAUGUUCAGCAGUUAUCUCACUGGCAUACCCCACGAGGAUGAUUCCUCCAGACAUUUUCAAAUUAAAGAUGGUUGGGUUGAUUAACCAUUAUGUCUCGUCAAGUAUUCACCUGGUAAUGUCAGCGUUAUGUCACUGACAUAACCCACGAGGAUGAUUCCUCCAGACAUUUCCACAUAAAGGAUCCUAUAGUAUGCUAUGUUCCGUAGAUCUGGACCCAGGAUUGAGUUCUGAUUUCUUUCCAGUGUAGUUUGUUGGCUGUCACAUAUGUCUGUGGUGUAAUUGUGAGGUAGCUGCCGAACGUCCUCAAGACACGGGCAGAAAAGUGGUAGACACUCCAUAAGGCGGCCAGCGUUAUCUUUAGGUGACAUAAACCGUUGUAUAACACCUAUAAACUGGGGAAGUUAGCUUUGGAAAAGGUCUAGUACUGUGUAUGGCAUAGAAUGCUUCAUUGUUGGAACAACUGUUUUCUGAGAACCUUUUAAAAAUAUAAGAAACCCCAAAUUACUGAGAAUUGAUUUGAUCAGAACCGAGCUGUAAACAAGUACCACACAGACAUGAAUGGUUAAGAGGAUCAGAUCAGUCCUUUUAGAUAUUGGAUUUAAAAACAGCACAAGUGUGUUGAGUGUGUGCCUGUGUUUACGUGUGAUCACAAACUCUCGAGUGCUUGCACAUGAUACACGUUUAUGGCAACAAGGUCAUGAGACCUUAUAGUUACACAGUGUAUAUACUUAUACCAUAAUUUCUGGUAUGUUUUAACUACAUGUUGAAUAUUAUUUGAGUAAUUGGUGUUUUGUAUUUGUAUUUAGGAUAAAAUGUUUUAUAAUUUUAAUUGUAAUCAGAGAAUUUUUCGAUUCCGAUUCAAAGAAUGAUUCUUGAAAUUUCAUGAAAACAACGAUUCUCGAUUCUGUCUUAGCAGUUGACUCAGUGUGAAUCUGAAAAAGCAAAUGUUAAUUAUGUCCAGUAGAUUUUCACUAUUGUUCUGUUCUACCAAUACACAAGUUGUCAAUUUACCUCUGUUUAUGUCACAUUUAUCUGUUUUAUACACUCUUGAUGAGCACAUUUUACUUUUCCGAUCAAACGCCUAAAAUCUUCUGUUUAUCGUAAAAAGACUUUCCUGAAGAUGUUCGCCAUACAAAAACCUUUGAUUUGUGGAUCUUCCCAAAUCUGGAUGUAUGCAAUAUCCAACUUCUACCACAUUUGAAUUUUUCUUCAUUGAUUGCAAAAUAUUACAAAAUCAUGACCCCACCGAAUCAAUAUGACAUUGGUGAGGACCCAAUGUUCAACAAAAAUGUACAUUUAUAUUUUCAUUCAUAUUAUACUUUAAAUUUAAGAGUGAUUACAACAUUUGAGUGGUCGUAGUGCAAACAUAUAAUAAUAAUAAUAAAGUAAUAUAAAAUGAGUGACAUAAUUAAUAAAUAAAAUGAGAGCAGUUACAAAUACUAAAUAAAUAUCUAUCUACAACAAACAAUAACUAAGCUUUCCAAAAUCAUACAAUAAAGAACAAAAUCAGCCUGUAAAGAUAUAAACAAUAAUAAACUCUGAAUUGAAUAACAACAAUACCAAACAACGAUCAUAGAGGUAGGAAAUAACUCACAAUGGUAAACACAAGUUUGAAAAAUAGUGCACACAAACGCAACGAAAACAUAACUGAUUCUGUGGGUUAUUCUGAUCUGCUUUACAGAUUGGUGAAUUUCAAAAUAUUUUAAGGUCAAACAAUUUCUAGUGUAAUAUGUUUUUGUCCACACAUAUUCAAUGUUCUGGGUAUUGCAUGCAAUAUAAUAACACAUUAAAUAUGUUUUAGUUGUCCUACAAGAGCUUAAUAAUUGUAAAUUUGGAGGAUGUAAAUGAUUGCCUUUGACCUACAAUAGUAUCAAUGUGAUGACUACCGUGGAUAUCGUAUCAGUAGCUUGUCUUUCAAAAGUUUGAUUGUCCGAGUCUCUGGGCAGUAUUUAUCUAUGCUUUCCUAUUGCUCUGUUAUUGAGUGGUGUAUUAUUAGUUUUUAUUACUAUUACUGGACAUAAUUAUUUUAUACUUAGAAAACUAAGCUAAGUAUUAUUAGUGAUAUUUUUCUUAGAAAAAGCCCACAAUGAGGUGUCAGCAUUACAUUUGUAACCCAGUGGUCAAAAAGUUAACCUAAAAAUAUCUAAAGCCAUCACUAUUUUACUGAGAGUGUGUCAUCAUAUCGUAAUCAUUAUUUACAAAAUCAUUUUAAGAUUGUACAGACUUUUUUAAACACUGUUUAAGCCUCGCUUUAUUAUUUGAACUAGUUUCUGCUUAUACUAUUAUUUUUUGUCAAUGAAAUCAAGUAUUUGAGGAGGUUUUAAAUAACUCGAUUUCUUUGAGGACAUUCAUUAAAAAACCAACUUAUUAGGGUUGUGUUAAUUGAAUUACUGAAGAUUCCUUGAUACCACAAGAAUCGAGGUCAUUGUGAAUCGGAAUCGAUUCAUCACCACUUUCAGAGUCAGUACCUUACAUUAUGGAAUCUGUUGUAUUUCUGUAAUGAAAUAGAUGUGUAAUUGCAAACCCGAAGUUUGCAUCACAUUAAUGCUUGCAUCUUUUCCUUGUCUUUCUAAGUGAUGUUUAGCCCUCGCAUGGAUUGUGAACUCUAGAAGAGUUAACUGUACUGUACAUAUUUGUUAUACCCGUGUUGACAUGUUAAGUGUUUGUUGCCAGUCCCACUAAACGGUGUUGUUGUAAUGUGGAUGGUUGCUGCAAAUCAAAGGCUUUAUUGAAGUUGAUUGUUAGUACAUAGAGUUAGUAUGUGAUACACUUUCAAUGUGCCAAAAAUGAGAAACGUUUAUUCUAAAUGAAAAUUUUAUCAGUGUUUCCGCUCUAAUUUAGUUGAUAGUUUUUAUUUCAUAUGAAUGCCAAAAAGAGGUAACAAGCUUUGCAACAGUACUAAACAGACGAGCUUACGAUGUUGGUUUAGUACCUGUAGAAGAUGUAGGCCAUGAUGGUGUAUAGUACGCUAUCACGUAGCAUUAUUAUAAGAUGGAUUCCUCCUACUAAAGGUUUUAAGCCAGUAUUUGUAAUAACCAACAGUUCUAUAUUGUAUUUUUGACUAAAAGGUUUGCCACAUGUGAUGUGGCAACAGUGCAAGUAUUCAGGAAAUUAUUCAAAUUACGAGGGUUGUAGGAAAACAAGUCGUGUUUAGUUAUAAAAAGCGCCAGUACGUAGCAAAGAGGUCUUUUUAUUACAUGUGACUUAAAGGUAUAACACUCAAGUACUUAUUCACCUACUAUAUUAAAGCACUUGUUAUAUCAGUGAAUGAGUUUGUCAAUGCUCUCAUUAUGGAGUUCUGCUCUCUAUGAGCUAUUAUAAUCAAAAUACUAAAUACAUAAGUUCCAGAUGCAGCUCAGUAAGGAAGACUAAUAAUUUUAUAGUUGAGAACUGAUGGUUUUCUCUGAUUCUAUAAUUUAUUUCUAUAAUGAGUUCCUACGACAUAGCAGAUGGUCAUCCAUUUUUCAUAGCAACAUGGAUACUCGAUGAUCCUUCUCAAAACAAUGGACCGGUCCAGUUUCCUCACAGCAUUGUCUCUAAUAAUACUUUUCAUGUACUGCACAAUGUUUAAUUUCUCUAGCAUUUAAGUUUUUUGCUGGCAGAAACAUUACAGCAAUAAACAACUCGUACUAGCAGGACUUUGGAUGAUGGUGGUAGUUUUGAAAGACUGUAAUGGUGGAAAGAACAAACGGUUGAUUGGCUUAAUGGACACUGCCAGAUUUCCCCUGCCACAUAAACCUAUCUACUCUGGAACAUCUACCAUAUCCUCUUGCGGCCCAGUCUUAAAAUAUGUUGAUUUUCCUUAUUUCCUAUUAAAGAAAUUACAAAACUGGAAAUAUAAAGUUAGAAUGAUUAUUUCCCCUCCCCCUUUGACAUUUAAUUGGUGGCAUUGAGACACAAUCAGUAAGGUCAGGCUCCUUUGCAAGAUUUUUUUAUUGGAAUUUCAGUCCAAUUCCUGGACAUCUGAGUGAAUGGGAAAGAUUAUUGAGAAAUGCAGGGUCUUCGAUAUAGUCCGAGCAAAAGUAGACAAGUUUGAACCAGAACAGAGGAAGUGGAGUGCACGAUGAUCAGUUUUAGCCCAUUUUCUAAAAUGGGCCAAGGACAGGUACAAACAUCGUGGUUAGGAAGGAAUUCUUUCCAAAGCAGGUUUAGCUGUAUUUAAUUGGGUAGAUGGGUUUAAUAAAGUUUUAGCGAAGACAUGAUAUAAGGUGGCAUGUGGAUCAUCUACUUGGUCCCAGCCAAGUGGGGUUGAUGUACCAAGGUCGUGCUAGUAUGGGUUGUGUUAGAAACUUUGUAAUAGUUCGCCAGGCCUGUGCUCAGACCGGUCUUUUUCGAAAAUUUUACCAGGGUCCUACCAAAUGUCUAUUUGAAGGAACGGUGUCGACGGACGAGUUAGCUCUAUCUAAUAUCAUUAUGUAUACUAUCUAAUAUUUAAUCUUACUAUCAUUAACAAAAUAAUAAGAUAUUGUCAAUGGGAUAACAACGGGGGGAUGAAGCGGUGUAACGGGGAGUGGUGGCGGGACGUGAUGGGGUCCGCCAAAGCUGGGUAUAGCCCUGACUCUGAUCUGGGUCUACUAGCCGAUCUCAUCACGCUGGAUAGCUUUACAUGUAUUCUCGUUACACAAAGUAUAUAAAUUUUAUGUAAAGCAAAAAAGAAGAAACCAGAUUUUAUUUACGAUGAAGUGAAAAGUAGAGGUACUGAAUAGAAAUAAUUACAGUCUUUCCACGGUGUGUAAACCAUGCAUAUCUUUACAUAAUAAAAAGCAGACUUGCCUUAACCAUUAGCCAUCAAGUUUUCUUUUCAAAGAAAAUCGCACAGUAAAUCAUUUCUUUAUUCGGAUACAUAUCUUAAAUGUUAAAUAUUCUUUGAUUUGUUUUGUUACUAUAUCUGUACUUUUUUAUAAAUAGGUAUGUAUGUAUCAUGUAGUGUUUAUCGGUUAUAUUUCACUAUACAUUCAUUUCUGUAUUAAUUUUGCGCAUUCUACUUAAAUAAAAAUUGUAAGUAAAACAGUUACACGAAUGAAGGUAGAACACAUUAAGGAAAUUGUAAAGUAAACCAUAAACAAGUUAUUUAGUUAAACUUUGUACAAAUUGAAGAGAAGUGUACAAUAUUUACAGAAAAGUUCAAUACAGUUCAAUUUAAACAAUGAAUAUGAAUAUUUAAAACAUUUAGUAGCAAGUACCCAUAUAUUAAACUUGUGGAAUGUUUCUGGAAAGUUUCAUGAAAGUAUUCAAUGUGGCAAACUAGUUGGAAAUAAAGUAUAGAAAAGAAAAGUUUACAUAGAUUUAUGUUUCCUCAAAAUGAUUUUGUUUCAUUAAUUAGAAGCAGAUAGCUACUUAAGUAUUAUAAAUAUAUUGGACUCACUGAUUUAUGAGCUUUGUUCUUGUUGCUAUAGAUAGAUUGAAAGUGAAGAUGAAGCUGUGGUUGGUUAAAGGUGUGCUGUUUUCUAUGAUUUUUAAAACCCCUUAAAAUAUUGCUAUACUUCAGUGCAGAAAAGGAAUCUAUGUGAUUCACAAUUUUUAAGCCUUUAAAUUUUAAUAAAUUCAAUGAACUUAUAUGUAAUAGGCAAAAUUAAGAUUAUUUCAAUCAAUUUCAAUUUAUAGGGAUUUCACGUAAUUGGAUAGCAUAUUUAUAAUGCCUUCACCUUUAUAAUUUACAAUUUAAAUUUAUAGGAAUUUCACGUAAUUAGAUACCAUAUUUAUAAUGCCUUCAACUUUUUAGUUUACUGCUUUUACAAAAUGAAUAAAUUAAUUCGGCUCAUGAGAUUGACUUGUAUGCAUUGAAAUAUUUAAUGCAGUUCUAAAAAUUAUGUAAUGGUUGUUUUAAAAAAAUGUGUUUGUGUAACACUAUAUUAAAAAUGACAGGCAAAAAUAUUUAAUAUUAAAUUUUUUCUAUAACUCUACUAUACCAUAUUAUAAAAUGAGAGAACCGUUUUAGUGCUUUUUGGCACGGUUAUCAAAGUAUUCAAUUUUGAUACUUACAUACUUUCAUAAAUUGUAAAAGAAUUGUUAUUAUUAUUUUAAGACUUUAAUGAAAAUCUCUCCAUUGAAAACGCAUGUAAUUUAUUUCAUACCAACUCAACAGUGAGUCCAAAAAUUUGCUCAAUGAUUGCUCAGCAGUGAUUCAAAUCGCUGCGGUUAGUUAAAAAAUGUGAUUUCUGCUUUGUAGCAUUUAAUGUAGAAAAUUAGUUGUCUGAAACCAUUUAAUUGCAACACAAUGUUUAUUUAUUGCUCAGAAAGCUAAUAUACUUUAAUUGGAAUCUCUUAAUUCCGGCGAUGUUUCUGGUGAUCAUUGUCAGAUUGUUUCGUUGUACUAUUUAAUAUCGUUCCAGCCAAUGUACUGAACUUUUGCUUGACAACCCUUUAGUGUUGUAAUCCUGCUUGUUAUAAAUAUUUUCACAAGUAGCUAGUGUUAACAUUUCUUUUUCAUUAGCAUAUCUCUACCAGUUUCAAUUUUAGAUAUCUGUAUAAUAGUGUGAUUAAUAUAUAGGAAUGUGUUAUUUUCUCUCCUUUUCCAAGAUGAAUCCUACAGUUUAGCUAGCAUACACGUUAUUAUGCUUUUCAUGUAAUCAUUAUUUUGUAUUAUAUUUAUAGUUGUUGAAAAUAAUAAAAGAAUAUUAUUAUG